AUGCACAUAGAUAGGGAAGAGCCUGUUGGGAACGAGGAGGCAGAGGAGAUGGACGGAGACCUCAAGGAGGAUACUCCUCUCGGGGAUAUCCCUCUCCACCGCCCCCGUUUUUUGGGAAUGGUGAGACAGAAAGCCUAUAUAUUUGAUGGUGCUGGAAAAUAUUACAACAGAGAUUGGGAUUUUGCAGAACCUAAAGAAAACGAGUUCUGUUGGUACCAUGUAGAGCUUCCAAAAAUUAAUCAGAAGCUUCCGCUCUUCGCACAAAGCCUCAUUGACAUUCUUUGCCCACCUUUGAAACUCCAAGAUAUUCUGUCACUUGUUAGCAAUGGCCCCUUUUGUGGUCAUGUUAAUGGAGCACUUGUGUUCAGAGUUAACUCUCCUGGUCCUCCAACUAGCAAUUAUACAUUUAGAUUAGCUGCUAGAGUUACUGAGAACUCGGUGAUUACUGUGUCAUUAGGACGGGUUCCAAGAUUGGGUUUCUCACCAACGAGUAAAUCUCUUCUCUCUGAGAUUCCCAGUGUGGAGACCCAUUCAAGUGGUGGGACUCCCUCACAUCAUGGAGGGGAUCAAAAGGAAGGAAGUGGGUUUGUGAUUAGAGAGCAUGUUCUUGAGUUCUUAUUAACAAUGAACCACUCAGAGGAGGCUGAUAAUCCCGUGCCAGAAUCUGUCUCAAAUCUUGUUGUUCACAUUAUCGACACGCAUGUCGACCACCUUCAAGAUAUUACCACCAAACUCGAGAUCGAGCUCGACUCUGUGGAGCUUGAAUUAGACAAAGGAAGUUUUGCAUUGAAGAAACAAAUGCUUGAUGAUAGAAGAUUUCCUAACAUGCAUCUUAAUCUUCAACGUAUAUUGCAGGUGAUUGCUCACGGGGAGCAAGUAUUUCCGCGAGUAAAAGAAAAAUGUUCUUCAAAAAAAUGGUUUUCCAGUGAAGACAUCAACUCCCUAGAAGAGUUAAUUGGAAGGCUAAGGAGGCUAAAAGAGAAUGUGGGGUUUAUAGCAAAUCGUGUCACAGCAAUUCAGGCAGGUUUAGAUAGCUGGCAGGCUGAGCAAAUAAACAGGAAACUGUACUAUCUCUCGUUCCUUUCAAUAAUAUUCCUCCCAUUGUCAAUCAUUACUGGCGUCUUCGGCAUGAAUGUGGGAGGAGUUCCGUGGACAGAGCAAAAGAACCCAGAGGUGAAAGAUGGCUUCCGCAAUGUGAUGUUUCUGUGUGUGGGAAUGCUAGUUCUCGUGCUUCUAUGCUUCAUUUUCCCAGCUCUUUACAGUCAUAUCGCUGCCUGGCGGCGAAGGAUGGCUUUGAAAAGAAGCUGGUCUCUCAAUAGGAAAUCUUUUCUCAAGCGAACUCUUCCGGUUAAAGAAAGCGGUGGUUAUAUUCGCCUUUGA